CCCCUCACGUUGCCAGCGGCAUGUCAUAACGAGAGAAAGAUAAGAAUGCCAUUGGCGGCUCGUUCUGAAUGACACCACGGCGAUUUCAUUCCUCAUUCCUCUUUCCUCAUUGCAACUCUCUAGUGAUUUCUAUCUUCGUUUGAGGGGGUACAGCUGUAGCGGCUCAAUCUACCCUGACUCUGACACUUCCCAACCCGCCAUGUCUGACAUCAAGAGAUACCAGCUUGGAGACUUCACUCUUCAAAACGGUGGCACAUUACCUGGGGCGUGGAUUGCUUAUAAGACGUUCGGCGACUCGUCCCUUCCAGCGGUCGUCUAUCCCACGUGGUACUCCGGUGCUAUCGCAGACAAUGAAUGGCUCGUUGGAGACGACAAAACCUUGAAUCCCUCAAACUAUUACAUCAUCAUUCCAGCCCUCUUUGGCAACGGACAGUCCAUCAGCCCAUCCAACUCAGCUAUCAAUCCAUUUCCCGACGUGUCCUUUUUCGAUAAUGUGAAGGCUCAAUACGAUUUGGUCACCAAGGAACUUGGGAUCACCCAUCUCAGAGCCGUCCUAGGAUGGUCCAUGGGCGCAGCUCAAUCUUUCCAAUGGGCGACGCAAUAUCCCGACUUCUUAGAUAUUGCAGUGCCGUUUUGUGGCGCCGCGAAGUGCGCCCUGCACAAUCAAGUUUUCCUGGAAGGCGUCAAAUCAGCGCUUCUCGCAGCGAAGAAGACAAGCUCCGCCGGCAGCACGCUGGGGCGCAUUGCAUCGGCCGAAGAUAAGUCUGUUCGGAUCUGGUCAAACGAGGAGAAGCAAGUUGGUCUGAAGGCUUUUGGUCGUGGAUAUGCUGGAUGGGGAUUUUCACAAGCAUUCUACCGACAUGAGCUACACAAGAAGUUUUACGGAGCCAAGGAUCUCGAAGACUUCAUGCAGACAUUUUGGGAGAAGUGGGCUCUUAGCAAGGACCCGGAAAAUUUGCUUGUCAUGAUUCACACGUGGCAGAGUGCCGAUGUGAGCGACCAAGAGCCAUACAACGGCGACUUCAAGAAGGCCAUGGCGAGCAUCAAGGCCAAGACAUUGGUGCUGCCCUCUAAGACUGACCUCUACUUUCCGCCCGAGGAAUCCGAGUACGAGGUCGAGUGUAUGAGUGAAGGUGUUGGCGAAUUGGCUGUCUACCCCUCCAUUUGGGGCCAUUGGGCUGGAGGUCCCCCAGGAAACUUUGAAGAUGCCAAAUGGCUAGACGAAAAGUUGAAGAGCAUCUUCGCUACAGCACCAAAGAGGGGAUGAAGAUGUUUGGGAGUUGCAGACGAAGUAGGCACGAUGUUGCAUCAUCAUCUAAGUGGUCUCUUUGCCAGCAGCAAUAGUUAAGUUGCGCAUUUAAAGAAGAAAUAAGACAACUAGCUCUUAAUACAUCUUACGGCUUCGUGCACAUCAAACUUGUUUCCUGGUGGGACACAGGAUAGAAAUGCAUACUGCUCGAAACACUAAGAAGACUUUCAAAGUCAAGAUAUCUACACAAUCGGAC